UAUCAGGGAGUACUCGAUGCUGUACAUCAUUCGUGCAUGCAUGCACAGGACGAAGUUGUAGAAGAUUUGCUCAAGAAGGGCCAAAAAAUGGAAUUUGAUAACGAAGUGGUCGCGCAGGUGGCUUACACUCUAUGCGAUACUCUUUGUAACACUUGGCCUGAUGAAUUGGUGCAGUUAGCGAAGUUGGUUUUUGUUGUUCGCUUAGCACUGCGAAUCUCUUUGAUCGAAAACAUUGCCGGAAACAUGACGCUUCCUGCCAGGCAGAGAAAGCCACGAAAAGUAGGCAACAAGAGGAACGACUGUGAAGCAACCAACAUUCUCCAGAUGGAUGAUGAGAUUUCCAAGGAUGCGAGCAAUUCUUCAUCAAAAGAAAACAAGAAUAUUUUCAAACUAACGGAUUUUUGGGAUCAGUAA